CAGAACUCCUCCUACAAGCGCUGCCACCAGCAGCUGCGCCGGGCAGAAAUCGGCUCGCAAAACGAGACCGUGUUCAUAUUCAGCGGAGUGUCGGCAAAUGAACGGAAUCAAACCAACCACUCUUACUGAAGAAAAGAGAGGGGAUCUUUACCCCCGUUAACAACUGACCAUAUUAAUAAGUGAUGAAAGCCACUGAGUCUGGUGAUGCGUUUUUGCUGGAGACGGCGGCUGAGCAGAGACGGCAGUUCUUUCUAUUCGAGCUGGCUGGGCUAAAAAGUGAAGUCCCCGGUCCAUCUGCGGCGUGAAUAAAUCAAGAACGAUGACCCCCCCAUAUUCCAUCGCUUAUGCUGACUUCAAGCAAGAUGUCCCUCAGAUGGGCCGCCUCUCUUCCUCACCCAGUUCCUCCUCCUCCUCCUCCUUCACUGUACCUGUGGCCUCAGUCUUCACACGGCAUACUCACCUGGUUUGAUCUCAAGGAAUCAACAUCAAUACAGGAGCGCCUGUUUCUGCUAUAACCCCCAUCUGUACUCUCAGUUGCCUACACGCCCUCUGCCCGUCUGCACCUUCACUAUCCUCUCCUUCUUCUGCUUAUUUUCUCCCUCUGUCUUCAUAGGUCCACCCUCUCCACCUUUCUAUCUUCUGUAUUGUUCUGUCUUCUCACACGCUCUUCUCUCUCCCUCUUACUCCCUCUCUCUCUCACUCUCUCAUCUCUCUCUCUCUCUUACUCUCUCUCUCUCUCUCUCUCACUAGCUCGUCUCUCUCUCAUCUCUCUCUCUCUCACUCUCCUCUCUCUCUCAUGGCCUGCCUCCUUGCGUCUGUGUUCUUCCUGGUUCUGCAGACGCACGCGGCCUCCCCGCCCCCAGACCACACCCCCAGGGGGGAAGGGCCAGGGUCUGAGUCCUUGAACCUCCUGGCGAAUGAGACAGAAGAAUACGCUCCGCUGGUGGGGCCCCCGGGGACCAGCAAACGGGUCCCACAGAGUAUCAUCAUCGGGGUCCGCAAGGGGGGCACACGGGCCCUGCUGGAGAUGCUGGACAUCCACCCGGACAUCGUGGUGGCCGCCACCGAGGUGCACUUCUUCGACUGGGACGAGAACUACGCCAAGGGCCUGGACUGGUACCGGAACCUGAUGCCCUUCUCGUUCGAGCAGCAGAUCACGGUGGAGAAGACGCCGGGCUACUUCACCUCGCCGCUGGCCCCGGAGCGGAUCCGCCGGAUGAACGGCUCGGCCAAGCUGCUCCUCAUCCUGCGCGACCCGACGGAGCGCGUCAUCUCCGACUACACCCAGGUCUACUACAACCGCCUGGAGAGCCGCAAGCCCGUGCAGGUCAUCGAGGACGUGCUGGUCCGCAACGGCGCCCUCAACACGCGCUACAAGGCCAUCCACCGCAGCCUGUACGACGUGCACAUGCGCGGCUGGCUGCGCCACUUCCCGCUGGAGCAGAUCCACCUGGUGGACGGGGACACGCUGAUCCGGGACCCGCUGCCCGAACUGCAGAAGGUGGAGCGCUUUCUACGCCUGCCGCCCAGGAUAACGGCCUCCAACUUCUACUUCAACCAGACCAAGGGGUUCUACUGUAUCCGUAGCGACGGGCGGGAGCGCUGUCUGCACGAGUCGAAGGGCCGGCCGCACCCCGUGGUGAACGGGACCAUCCUGCAACAGCUGCGCUGCUACUUCCAGGAGCACAACCGCAACUUCUACAGGAUGGUCAAGCGCUCCUUUGACUGGCACUAGGGUGGCCACGCCCACUCCUGGGCUGGGGUAAAGGGAGGGGUGGGGGAAUACUGGUAUAAUGUGGUCCCUUCCCUGGGGGGGAGGGGGGGGCAGGGGUCGCAGGGAGUUUUGGGGGAGAAGCACUUUACAAUCGACAGCCCCAAAUCUCCUUAAAGAUGCCUUUAAUGCUCUCAUGUCAACAGGACAGUUUUAUAUUAAAAACAGGGAGACAUGAACUCGGCAAAGUCGAAGGCUGAGUGUUAAUUCUCUGUGCUGUGCGUGAAAAGCGAUGCAGGUAACUGCAGCCAAAAUUCGUGAAACUUCGAACAUUUCGUUUUUUUCCCUUUUUGUUUGAUAUUCUUGUAUUUAAUAAAUGGUUCUGCUUUAAAUGUAAA